UGUUCUCUUCAUAUCCGGUUUCUUUCCGUUUCCUAUCCUGAAUAUUUUAUUUUCCCCAAUAAUCUCAAUCACGGCCUUUCUGAAUGGAGUCUUUGGAAACUCGGUCGCGCGAUGUACAAGAAAGGACAUUCUGUAAAUGGCUGAACACGAAACUAGAGUCCAACGGCUAUCCUGCAAUGACAUCCCUCGUGAAGGAUCUAUCUGAUGGUGUGAAGCUGAUACAAUUAAUGGAAAUUAUGGGAGAUGUCUCCCUCGGUCGAUACAACAAAACACCGAGGAUGAGAGUUCAAAAAGCGGAGAACGUAAACAAGGCAUUGGAAUUUAUCACAUCUAGAGGCGUCAAGCUCACCAACAUCGGCCCUGAAGAUAUCAUCGACGGCAAUUUGAAACUCAUACUUGGGAUGAUUUGGACCCUCAUUCUUCGGUUCACUAUCGCCGACAUCAGUGAAGAGGGCUUAUCCGCCAAGGAAGGUCUCUUGCUAUGGUGCCAACGCAAGACAGAGCCGUACAAGGAAGUAGACGUACAAGACUUCUCUACCAGCUGGUCGGAUGGUUUAGCUUUAUGUGCAUUGAUCCACUGUCAUCGACCUGACUUGUUGGACUAUGACAAGUUAGAUAAGACGGAUCGACACGGAAACACAAGGCUCGCCUUCCAGAUAGCAGCGGAGCAUCUUAACAUACCCCAACUGUUGGAAGUUGAGGAUUUAUGUGAUACAAGACAUCCUGAUGAACGCAGUGUUAUGACUUAUAUUGCAAGCUUCUUCCAUGCCUUUUCCUCGAUGGACCAGGCGGAGACUGUUUCUCGGCGGGUUGAAAAAUUCGCAGAGUUGAUGCAGUCCGUGUGGAUUUCAAAAAACGACUACGAACGUCGAGUUCGACUUUUACUCUUAGCAUGGACCGAAAUGCAGACGAGUUGGAAGGCAAGCCUAUUCACCGGGACGUAUACUGAAUCAAGGGAACGUUCGGCGGAAUUUUCUACAUACAAGCAAACCAUCAAGCGUGCGUGGGUUACUGAAAAGCAGGACAUCGCGACUCUUUUCGGCAACGUACAGACAAAGCUCAAAACAUAUGGUUUGAGAGAAUAUGUUCCCCCGCCAAAUCUAUCUUUGUUAGAUGUAGACGACGCAUGGAAAGUUCUACUAGCAUCUGAAGCGCAAAGAUCACGAGCUAUUAAUGCGGAAAUCAGACAAAUCAAAGAAACCAUUCGGAAAAAGUUCGCCGAGGUCGCCAACGAUUUUGAGCAACGUCUGCAUGCCAUUUCGUCCGAACUAACUUCCAUAGAUGGCCCACUUGAGGUUCAGCAACAGUCAGUCGAACAAAUCCAAACACGACUUCCUGCCCUGUCAGAAACAUUGAACUACGUAGCGGAAGCUGAAGCUGAAUGUAAUGCGGCCAAUAUCGAGGAAAAUGAUUACACCAUCUUCACUUGCCAAGAUCUCGAGUUUGAGUUAGAACUUUUGGUGCAGAGAAUUUCCAAGAAAAUCGCCUUCAUUGAUAAUCAAAUCGUUUCCAGAAAUAUGACCAACUUGACGCCGGCGCAGUUGGAACAGUUUGAGAGCACAUUCAGAUAUUUCGACAAAGACGAGUCAAACACACUAAAUCAAUCAGAAAUGACUGCCGCUCUUGCCAGUCUUGGGAUCGUAUACUCCGAUGAGGAUAUGGAUUACAUAUAUGAUCAAUUGUUACAAGACUACGGUGCAGUGAGCUUCGAGGCUUUUAUCAAUCUAUUGGUGGAGAUCACUGAAGAUCAGACGUCGCCCGAGCAACUCAGAGAGGCAUUUCGUGGUAUUGCGUCCGAUAAGCCAUAUGUUACCGAACUGGACCUUCGAAUUGCACAUUUACGAACCCCCUCGAUUGAGUUUCUGCGAGAAACAAUGCCACAUACUCAGAACGAGACCGGUGAACCCGAGUACGAUUACGAGCGGUGGUUGGACGAUGUAUUCGCGUAGUACAAAUAUCGAUAUCUAUUGCUUUGAACGGCCUUUCUGUAGGUCGGAUCUCUAUCCAUACAGAAUUUGUAUGUUUGGAUGAAUACAGAUAGACAGAUAGAUAUGUGGCUAGGACGGUGUCCCACAAGGGAACAGUCGAGUCCAUUCAUCUCGGCUGAGAGGCUCAUCCUACAUGGGAUGGUAGACUGCAGUGAGAAUGGAGGGAAUACUAUUGUACAGCACUCUUCAAUUCAUCUAGAAUAUGGUCAGACAAAGUGUUGCCACCGAACCACCAGUACAUAAUUAAAAUUGACUGGUCCAUUAUGCAAGAC